AUGGUGUGCACGAACAACGCUCGUGGCCACAUAGACCACGAGCCUCUUCGUCGUUGGUAUACAAGAAGGCCUGAGGAGAGCAAUUUAUCUGUGGGCGUUCGAAUGGUCCCGAUUGAUUCUUCAGGAAUUCUGAUGGUAGAAGAGAAGGAGCAGCAACACAACAAGAAACGACGGCGUCUUACAUGGGAUGUGGCAGCAUCCCCAGCAGAACAACAAGAGGCUGAAGUACGGCAGCGUCAUAUCUCGCCUCCAAAAAGAAAGGAUGAUCGUGAGGGACAUUAUACGUACAAUCUUGGAGAGAAUCUAACUCCAAGAUAUAAAAUACUGAGCAAAAUGGGUGAAGGCACCUUUGGUCGAGUUUUGGAAUGUUGGGAUCGUGAAACCCGUGGAUAUGUAGCAAUCAAGGUAGUCCGAAGCAUAAGAAAAUAUCGUGAUGCUGCAAUGAUUGAAGUUGAUGUACUUGAACAACUUGCUAAGAAUCAUAAAGGAAGAUCACACUGUGUCCAGAUCCUGAACUGGUUCGAUUACCGCAAUCACAUAUGCAUAGUGUUUGAGAAGCUUGGACCAAGUUUAUUUGAUUUCUUAAAGAGAAAUAAAUACUGCCCAUUCCCUGUGGAUCUUGUUCGUGAAAUUGGACGUCAGCUUUUGGAAUCUGUAGCAUAUAUGCAUAGUUUAGGGUUGAUCCAUACUGACUUGAAGCCAGAGAAUAUCCUUCUUGUCUCUUCUGAUUAUUUAAAGCUUCCUGGAUACAAGAGGACUUCACAAGGUGAAACACAUUUCAGAUGCUUGCCAAAGUCAAGUGAGAUUAAGUUAAUUGAUUUUGGAAGUACUGCUUAUGAUAAUCAAAAACAUAGUUCCAUUGUUUCUACAAGACACUACCGUGCACCCGAAGUUAUUCUAGGCAUUGGAUGGAGCUACCCAUGCGACAUGUGGAGUAUUGGCUGUAUACUUGUUGAAUUAUUCACGGGUGAAGCUUUGUUUCAGACUCAUGAGAAUUUAGAACACUUGGCAAUGAUGGAGAGGGUGUUAGGACCUUUACCAGAGCAUAUGGUUCAGAGAGCCAAGCACAACCCUUGUGCGAGAAAAUGA